AUGUGUUGGGUUACUUGGAUCGCCUGCAUCGAGCACCCCCAGUUCCGGGGCUACACGCUGGAGCGCUGCCACCAGGCGCAGAACUUCACCAACCCCCCGCGCGACCGAUGGUUCACGACCCACUUCAACGCGCUGCCGCAGCAGAUCGUGCGUGAGCCGGGCUGCUUCAUGAACGCCCCGCGCCACAACCAGGGCCUCAUCACCACCGAUGAGUGCCCCGAGGCCAACCCGAACGACCCCGCCCCGUGCCCUUGCUACAUCGGCGACGGCAGAAGCCUCGGCCACGGCCACUAG